AUGGGAAUUUCUGGUCUUUUACCGUUUGUUAAGAAUGCGUGCAGAAAAGUAAGUGUUCGAUAAAGUAAAUGAUAGAAAAACCGACGCUCUGUCACAGGGAAACAUUCUGGAAUUGCGUGGCAAGUCAGUAGCUGUGGACGUGAGUUGUCUGUUGCACAGAGGACUCACGGGAUGUAUGGACAAGAUUCACAUGGGAGAGGAAACACAGAGUUACGUUCUCUAUGUAGAGAAAUACAUUAAAGAGCUGCUCGCGUUGGGUUGCCACGUGGUCAUGGUUUUCGACGGAAGGCCUCUGCCGGCGAAAAAGGUUUGAGGGAGAGAAGUCAGAUAAUUUUCAGUGAGCUUCUGCAGGGUACGAAUGACGAACGGCGAGAGCUGCGGGAGAAACGGAAGGAGCACGCGGAGCUUCUUUUGGCGAAAGGACUGGAGCGGGAAGCAAGAGACACGUAUCGGAUGGCGACGAGUAUCUCGGCGGACAUCGUCGAGAAGACCAUCCAGUACUUUCGAACCCGUCAGAACGUGGAUAUUGUUGUCGCUCCUUAUGAAGCAGACGCGCAACUGGCUUAUCUGCUACAAGCGAAACUUGUGGACGCGGUCAUUACGGAGGAUUCCGAUCUUAUUGUGUUUGGCUGUGAGAAAGUGAGCAAGAAUCUGUAAGGUCCUUAGCUAAGUGUCCUUUUAUAUUUCAGAUCUAUUUCAAAUGGCAAUCGGCGAACGGUGAAUGCAGUGUCUACGAGAAGAGCAAUCUUAAAAAGUGUUUCACAGGGGAGCUCGGCGGAGACAAGUUCGACUUUGUCAAGUUUCGCCGAAUUUGUAUUCUAGCGGGGUGCGAUUAUCUGCAGGCGAGACUUAUCGAAAACUGCAGAAAAAAUCUGAAACAGGCAAUUUCAGGCAGGUCUUCCUGGCGUCGGACUGAGCACAGCAGCCAAAUUCUUCUCUUUAACUUCUAUUAAAGAUCUCAAAACAGUAAAACGUUUUUUUUUUCAAUUGCUUUUCAACGAUGUAUCUCAGGUUCUGCGAAAAAUUCCGUCGUAUCUUAAGAAUUCAAAAUUGAAAGAGCACGUGACGGAGGAAUUCAUCGCGAGUUUCGAACGAGCGGAAAACACUUUCAAGCAUCAAAUCGUCUUUGAUCCGAAAGAAAGAUGCCAGAAACCGUUGACGCCGUAUCAGGGGACAGCUGUCGAAGUCAUUGAUCUGGAGGUGAGCAAGUGAAACGGAGAAGUCACUCAAACGUUUCGAUUGCUUUUCAGAACGAAGCGACCGCCUCUCCUGACGAUUCAACUCGUUCUUCUUCUCUUUUUGAGUACGCCGGCACAAUAUGCACACAGAGAAUUUCCAUCAGAUUGGCACUCGGAAAUCCCGUAAUUUUCAUUAACAGAAACAGUCCAUGUGAUCCUUAGUUUUCAGGCGAACGCAAAUACGAUUGACGAUCGUUUUCUUCUGGUUCAGCCAAUUCCGAAUUGGAGCGUCUGGGGAUUACGGUAGGAGUAUUCGGGUCGUUUUCGUUUUGAGAUCCUCUUUUAACAGAUACGAGAGUAAAGGUUCGAUUCUGGAGAAAUUGGAAAAGGAGAAAGAAGUUGAAGCCACGAAGUGUGGCGGAGCAUUCAAAGUAUAAAAUAGUGAAAAGAGUCGCUCUUAUCCCUGUAUUCUCCUCUUUCAGCUCGAUUCUCCAUCUCUGAAACGUGUCAAAGUGCAGAAAAAGUUCCAGUUAGAUAGCAAAAUUGACGAAGACGACAUUGUGAAGCAGUUCAUGGAAGACAUUGAAAAAGAGAAAGUCUCCUUUAAAAAACGGAAAAAUGCACCGGAAAUGGAUUACACGGCCGAAAAGAUGCUCAAAUUGUACUCGAAUCCCCCACCCAAACCCAAAAAGGCUAAAAUGCUCGAAGUGGAUGACGACUUUUCCGAGUUUCUGACGGCGAAAACCUUUACGGAGAAAGAAAAAACUAUAGAGGAAAAAGGAGAUGUCAUUGUGGAAGGUAAGCAGUUUCUCUUUUUCUUCCGGUAAGAUCCUCUCAGUUUCAGAGAAAGAGCCCGAAUCGGAUCCACCGCCAUCUGUCCGCAAAACAGUUUCGACUCCUGAGCCUUCGUCUUCCUCGCAGAAGCACAAAAAGUUCCAAUCGCCACUUCUUACCCAUCAAAACUCGGCGCCUGCUGCUUUUUCGGACAAGUCUCAGCCAACGAAUGGCUCGAAACUGUCUGUAGUUUCAAAGUACUUUGCGAAGAAAACAACUGAAAACGGGUGCGUUUUCCUAGAAUAGUUCUAUAACGGGAAACAACGUAAUCACUUCCAGAACUCCGAAAACAUCUAAUCCAUUCCGUUGUCCUGCGUUUGUAAAGUCAACAUCAAAGACGGGAAACACUGAAGAAAACGGAGUAGGACUUAUUUUUAGAAUAAAUUGUUUUCACCAAUAUGUAAAAUACUGUAUGUUUUCAGAAAUCGUCACUUCUGGGGGCUCUUGACAUGGACAAUUCUGAUUCGAGUGUCAAAACAGCAACAGCCUCCAACUUCCGCUUUGUCGGAUUUAAAUCAGCGGGCCUUAGUAGAAAAUCGAAAAAUUGA